UAAAGACAGGAUGGAAGUUCAAACGUGGUAUUUGAAAACAUCAAAAUUGGCUCUGGCACUAGCAAUUAUCCACUCAAAACCACCAAACAGAAACAGUAGAGAAUAUACAGAGUAUCUUGCUAAAAUGCUUUCUGAUCAAAUUGGACACUGGAGAUCAAAAGUUGAAACUUUGGAAACUGAAGUUCUGCGAUUACGUCAAAAACUUCUUUUGAGUGAGAUCUGCCCAAGAUCUAAUGUAAAGAAUGGAAAUACAGCUGUUCCUCUGUCCUCUAAGGAGCUUGAAUGUCCUGAGAACAACUCCAGUCAGCUGGAAGACUCUGGGUGUGAUGUGUUAAGUGAAAAUAGAACUGACCCUUCAGAACUGUCCCAGAAUAUUGAAGAAAGUUUUACUUCAUCUUCUGAAAAUUCUGUAUAUCAACCACCCAUUGUGAAAAGCCAUUAUGCCCUCCAAGAAAAAACUUUAUCAUCUCAUCUGCAAUUUUUGCAACACGUUCUUGAACUGAAGAAUUUAACAAAGUCUGGUAAUUUGAAAACAGAUUUAAACAAGUUUGAAAGCAGCUAUUCCACAGUAUCUGAUUCUGUAUUUCGGUUGCUUGAUGAUCUGAUAAAUUUUUACAGUGACUCUAAACUCCCUUUCUCAAACUUUUUGACAGAAGCAGUUUGUAUUUUGACUAAGUUAAUUGAUGAUUGUAAUUUAUCUAAUCACAUACUUAAAACAUGUUUCAAGAAGUUGGAAGAAUUUGAGAAAACUCUAGUUCAGAUUAUUUUAAAGAACAGCAGUAUUAAUCGGUUUCAGGUGCAACAUUACAUCUCUAAUAGUCUGGUCAUACUGGGAAAGUGCAGUUUUUUAAGAAAACCUAUAAUAUCUCUGCUUCUAUCAGAAGUGAACAAAUUCACUGAGGAGUUGAGGAAUACACAUCAGUGAUGUGAAAACUUCAAAAGAAGCAGCCUUAAGGAUUUUCUAAUCCAACCUUCAUAUCUUGCUUACGGGGAAACUGAGAUCCUAAGAAGAAAAGAAAAUUAAAGAACAAUGGUCUUGUAGUUAGAAGAUCUGACUUUGAAUACUCUUACAAGCAAUUACUUUCUGGAUAACCCCAAAUAAAUCAUUUGGUCUAUCUGGGACUUGGUAUCCUUACUUGGAAUAUGGUAAUAAUAAUACUUGUAUUACCUGUCUUAUGGGAUUAUUGUGGAAAAAGCAUUUUGUAAACUAUGAAAUAAUAUGUAACUAUGAAUUAUAAUCACUUUACAUUGAAUGGAGCUUGCUGGAAUUUUAAGACAAGAAUCCAUUUUCCCUGAUUCCUAAUCUAGUCUUCAUUUUACUACACCAGUCCAACCAUUCAAUAUGUAUUUAAGUGCCUACUGCAUGUCAGAUACUCUGCUGGGCUGUAGGUAUAUAUAGAGAAAAAAAUGAAAUAGCCACUGCCCUCAAGGAACUUACAUUCUGCUUGUCAUAAAGAGGGGAGUAAAUUGGAGAGAUAAGAGAAGGUAUUAGAUAGAAAACAUAUAAGGAUAAAUACAAAAUAUAUCCACAAUAAUUAAGUGACUUCUAAAGGGAGAGCAUGUCUAAAAUAAAGAGUAGUUUGCUCUUUGUCCAAAGGUUCUGUUUAAUGAUAAACUGAAAUCAUUGAAAGAAUCUGAAUGAUAAUUGUAGAGAAAAUGCAAGGCAAAAAUUCAAAAACAGUUUUUAAAAAUCCAACUAUCUUACUUUAUUUUACAAACAAAAAAAAAAACAUAAUAGAAACUGGAAGUGUUCACAGCAAAUCCAACUAAUUAAUAAACUGAAUAAUUUCUAAUGAAGCAAAUUACCUUAUAAUAAAAAUAAAGUUUAUUUAUCUCUGCCCAGAAAAGUCUACAUGCUUUAUGAAAAUCAUCCCAGUUUUACAAAUUAUAGACAAAAAUAUUCUGUCUGCUUGAAGCAGCAUUUAAAUAAAAUGAUAAUAUUAUAAUAUUAAGUCCCCUAAAACACAAAUUAUUUUCAUGUAUCUAUCUUCUCAUCUGUCUUCAUUAUUUAUCACAUGCUAAGUUUUCAUAUCAUAUCUGUACUACUUGAUAUUAUAUGUUUUCCUGUAAAAAUCAGAUGCCCAGGAAGAGUGAUGCAUUGCAUAUAGACUUAGAACUGGAAGGGUUGAAAUGAACUUUAAAACUUAAAACUUAUCUAAACUACUUUGCCCUUUUUAUGCCACCUGUAAAACAAAAUCACCAAAGUUAAAGUUUCAAGGAACCUUGACAGCUAGUAAAUCCAAUUGCUCUUUGAAAAGCAAUUACUAAUGUAACAUGGCUUACAAAGUAGUUAUCCAGUCUUUGUUUUGAGGAGUUCCAGUGAAGGGGAACUCUUUACAUGCCUUGGCAUUCUAUUUUUGGACAGCUUUAACUAAUAAAAUGUUUUUUACUGAUGUCACACCUAAAUAUGAAACUUAUACUUUUGCUCCUCAUUUUUAGGCAACCAAAACAAUUUUAAUCCUUCUUCCAUCUUAAUAACUUUCAGUUACAUGAAGACAAUCAUCAUACCCUUUCUCUCUCCCAAUUUUCUUUAGAAUAAACAGCUCAAUUUCCAUCAACCUAUCUUUUUUUGGUAUGAAUUCCCCACAUUUGACUUACUGAGAAACAGUAUCAGAAAUUGUUUAGUCAUUUAUUGAAGAUAAUCAAAAGUAACUAAAAAGCAAAAUUUGAUGUGAGCCUAACUCUCCUGACUCCAAUUCA